UUUUACAACAAUGCUAAAAUCAUUUUAUUAACUUUACUUUCUUGCAGCAAACUAUUUCCAUUAUUGCUCGGUUGGUUGAAAGCAUUGGCACGUCAGAUCUAAAUCUACAGUUGCUACAAAGCAUUGAAAACAUGUUUUCGACAAUGGAGACUACAUUUACGUCCUUCCGUAUUGUCUCUCGUGGUAUUGACAUUUCCUGCACCGUUUUCAAUCCUGAUGGCCUCAACGAGGGUAGCUAUGUAGAGCUUUUGUCUGGGGCCACUGUGUUCCUGUCCCCAGAAAUAUUUAAAAAAAUCAAUAAGUCUUCUGGGGCUGUCAUUAAUGUACUAUCCAUGAUCUAUGCACCAACUAAUGGUAGCUUUAACCUCCCAUAUGACAGUUCUGAUGGCCUCUCUUAUUCUUUGGCCAGUUCCAUAUGGACCAUUGUGGCCAUAGUAAAUAAAAAGAGUGAGCACUCUCUGAAUAUUCAUAUGAACUUCACAUGUAACAACAUCACGUCUGAUGAGACUGCAGUAUGCGUGUUUUGGAAUUUAAAUACGAACAAAUGGUCAUCGGAGGGUUGUAAUACUACAGUUAUCAAUGGAAGUGCCUACUGUGCCUGUAAUCACCUGACCUCCUUCUCAGUCCUAAUGGCGGGCUAUAUACCAGAAGAAGAUCAGAACCUGGUGCUCUUGGAUACUCUCACGAAGAUUCUGCUUCCUGUCUCCAUAGGAUCUCUUCUGAAUUGCAUCGCCAUAGAAAUCUUUCUUCUUAAGCAAUCCAAGAGCUCUGUUGCUUUAUAUAGACAUAUUUGCAUUAUUCAUAUAGCUGUGUUUCUGUUAAUCAGCAAUGUCUCUUUCUUGGCGACCAGCCUCUUUGACAUGCCUUCACAUCGCUUUUUGUGCAAAAUACUCACCUUCGUUACUCAUUUUUCUUUGUUGGCCUUUUUUUCCUGGACAUUGGUGCAGGGCCUGUUUUUGGUGUGCCAGUUACUCUUCGUCUUCCAUCACUUUACCAAAAAAGAAUUUUUGCUCCUUUCUUCCAUACUUGGAUAUGGUAUUCCAUCUGCUAUAGCCGGGGGCACUUUUUUGGUGUUUUAUCCUCAUAAGUACCUGAUGAGCAAUGCCUGCUGGUUGGAUAACAUAUCUGGUGCCUUUCUGCUGUUCGCCAUCCCUGCCAUUGUAAUUAUGGGUGGAAAUAUUCUCGUCCUGGUGGUUGUGAUUGCAAAAAUUUUUAAGUCUUCAGUCUCUCAAGGAAAGAGUGAGGACGACGAGGUGGUUGAGAAGCUCAUGAAAGCUGUUUUGUUCUGCACACCACAAUUUGGAUUGACUUGGGCUCUUGGAAUCCCCUUAUACGUAUACCCAAAGACUAUUUUCUUGCACUACAUAUUUGCCUUGCUCAACCCUCUGCAGGGCUUUUUCCUUCUACUGUUUGGGUGUCUCCUGGAUAAAAAGUUCUACUUUACGUGUAAUUCCGUCCUUACUUGGGAAUGUCUUAGUCACAAGACCUAA